AUGUGCUCUAAUUCAAACUCAAAAGACAAGCUUCCUUUCGAAAUAGUAAGCUCUCUUAUACAAUUUCGAAACAAAGACCAUCAAUUCUGGUGGGAAAGAACCGGAAGCCACCUUGCCGAGCUUCUUAAAUAUGCCGGAUACACUUACUCAGAACAAUACAACGAACUACUUUUCUAUGCUCUGCAUAUAGUCCCAGAGCUUGGUCCAUCACCAGACGAAACCGGGUAUCUAAGAUGGAGAAGCCCCCAGACUCCAGAUGGGACACCUUUAGAUCUCAGUUGGGAAUGGGGCCUCGAAGGAAAAGGUGUUAUACGAACAUCUUUUGAACCUAUCGGGCCACAGGCAGGGACGGAGAUCGAUCCUUUCAAUCGGUACGAAACAGAUGCCUGGAUCAAAUAUCUCGAUAAUCAAGGGCUUGUCGUCGGCCUCGACCUAGAUUGGUACAAUCAUUUUACUGAAAGGCUACUACCAAAGUCUCUGGAAGAUGUUCAGAUGACAGAUAAGCUUAAAUUCGAACUCGCACCGAAGGCCGGGACAUUUGUUACCCGAGACAUCGAUCGAUCAGGACCGAUUGUUAAGUUAUAUAUUUUCCCAGGGCUAAGAGCUCAGGAAGUUGGAGUUUCCAGUCUAGAAGUUGUCAUGCAGGCAAUUCGAAGUCUUCCACAGGCCCAAUGCGAAUCUCUCAAUGUGGAGCCUUUAUUAGACUAUCUCAGCGAUGCGGCGAUAAAAUGGGGAAUGGAAACCGGUAUAUUCUCCUUCGAUCUUACAUCCCCGACGACAUCUAGAAUCAAGAUAUACACUCGAGCUCCAAAUACCACAGCGGAAUAUCUCAUGGACGCGCUUACACUUGGGGGGAGAUACGAUAUAUCAGAGUAUAGUGCCGAAGCCCUCACAGAUGUCAAGGAUUUUUGGAAGAUUUUUAUUGGUGAUGCACCAGGUGUUCUACCAACUGGGGGUGCCGAGCGAGCCGGCCCUGGGUUCUACUUUACAGUCAAGGCAGGGAAGCCAGCAUCACCGAAAGUAUAUAUUUCACCUAUUUCAUUUUGCAAGAACGAUGCAGAAGUGCUGGUGAGGUUGCGGAAGUACUUUUCCACACGUCGGAAUGCGGAUAAAAUGCUGCCUCAGAUGGAUAACUACGAGAAGGCUUUGAACAGUAUAUAUGGUUCUGAGCUUCUGAAUGAACGCUGUGGUAGUCACUUCUAUGUUAGCUGUGCAUUACAGAAGGAUCAGCUACGGGUCGUCACAUAUCUUUGUCCUCAGACCUUGGACCAAGAAAUGAAGAUCAUUGAGAGACGCGAGAAAAUGACACAGCCCUCGUUGCUUUCUAGGGUUCGAGAUCUUCAAGGCCGGUUCUUGGAGUAUUUUAGCAUCGAUAAUGCAUGGUAG